AUGAGUGACAUCACUGCUGACAGAGGCAAUGGAUGAAGCCAACCACUCUGUGGUGUCUGAGUUUGUGUUCCUUGGACUCUCCAAUUCAUGGGCAACCCAGAUCUUCCUCUUCUUCUUUUCCUGUGUGUUCUAUGUAGCAAGUCUGAUGGGAAACCUUCUCAUUGUGCUGGCUGUGACCUCUGACCCUCGUUUACAGUCCCCCAUGUACUUCCUGCUAGCCAACCUUUCCAUCAUUGAUUUGAUAUUUUGCUCCUCCACAGCUCCCAAGAUGAUCUAUGACAUUUUCAGAAAGCACAAAACCAUUUCCUUUGGAGGUUGUGUACUUCAGAUCUUUUUUAUCCAUGCAGUUGGGGGCACUGAGAUGGUGCUGCUCAUAGCCAUGGCCUUUGACAGAUAUGUGGCCAUAUGUAAACCUCUCCACUACCUGACCAUCAUGAGCCCACGGAGGUGCAUUUUGUUUCUAGUUGCUUCCUGGAUUAUUGGCUUUAUUCAUUCAGUGACUCAGUUGGCCUUUGUUAUAGACUUGCCCUUCUGUGGGCCAAAUGAAUUAGAUAGCUUUUUUUGUGACCUUCCUCGAUUUAUAAAACUUGCUUGCAUAGAGACCCAUACACUGGGAUUCAUGGUAACUGCCAACAGUGGAUUUAUUUCUGUGGCCUCAUUUUUAAUUCUGAUCAUCUCUUAUGUCUUUAUUUUGAUGACUGUCCAAAAAAAGUCUUUGGGUAGUUUAUCCAAGGCCCUUUCUACUCUGUCAGCUCAUGUCACUGUGGUGGUUUUGUUCUUUGGGCCAUUAAUCUUUUUCUACAUGUGGCCAUUUCCCACAUCACAUCUGGAUAAAUUCCUUGCCAUCUUUGAUGCAGUUAUCACUCCUUUUCUAAACCCAUUCAUCUACACUUUUAGAAAUAAAGAUAUGAAGGUAGCAAUGAGAAGACUCUGCACUCAGUUUGUAAAUUAUGAAAUUUCUUAAAUAUAUAGUUGGUAUUAUAUGAAA